AUGACUGCUGCGUGGAAAGCCGCUGGCUUGACCUACAACCGCUACCUGGCCAUUGCGGCCCGCGCCGUUCGCCGCAGCCUCAAGGAGGACAAGAGAAUCGUUGCUGAGCGUCGCGGCGAGAUGGACCUGCGUUUCGCCAAGUGGUCGAACGGCAAGCAGGGUGACGCCAAGGACCUUGGAGCCGCCAACGCUGCUGCCAUGGCUGAGAGCGCUUCUUCUUAA